UCGAGAUGCUGCGACGAGUCUCGUACCUUGUCACAGUUGCUUCGUGUCUGCUGCUUCUGCUGCAGACUUGUCACGCGCGAGAACUAAACGCUUAUCGCCCUCGUCGCGAUGCUCAGAUAGCGGAAGGCGAGUCCUCGGCGACUUCGGAUUCGAGUACGAGCGAUCAGGAGCCUAAAAGCGACCUGGUGCCCGCGGCUUCUGGUCACAAGGAUCAUCAUCACGAGUCCAGCGGCGGGCAAAGUCAUCACGCCGAUCACCACGAAGAGCACGAGGCCAAGGGCGAGAAAGGGUACAAGAGUCAUCACCAUCACGAUAAGAACGACAAGGGUGAGCACGACAAGGAGCACCACGCGGGCCACCACGAGGAACACGGGGGCCACAAGAAAGCUCAUCACGACGAGCACGAAAAGUACGGCGAGCACCACGAGGGCGAGAAGGGCCACAAAGGUGGCAAAUUCGGUGAGAAAAAGGGUCACAAGAAGGGCCACAAGACCAAGGGCUACCACAACAAAUUCCACAAGGACGAGUACCACAAGGAGCACAAGUUCUACGACGACUACCACAAAGGCGGCCACCAUAAGAAGCACGGUGACUUCCACGGGCACCACGAGAAAAAGGAGGGUGAGCAUAAGAAGGGUGGACAUCAACACUCUGGCUAUCACGAGGAUCACAAGGGCAAGAAAGGACACCACGACAAGGGUCACAUCGAUGCUCAUCACAAGGGACAUCAUGGGAAACACGGGCACGACGAUCAUUACAGCCAUCAUCAAGCUUAUGGGAAAAAGGGUGAUCAUCAGGCUGGGAAGAAGUUUGGGUACGACAAAGGGCACAAGAAUUGAAGGAUAAAUGCUCAAGACUGAUUUGCUUUUGUGAGACGGUCCCGAUCAACUUUUAUCUUGAAGAUGCUACAAUUAGUUAUAAUUAUGUAUGACUCGAGUAUACUUUAACGCUGUGAAUCCGUGUGUCGAGACAGUGCCUUUUCGCGUUAAAGCGAAUUAGAAUUGUAUCGAUAUUGCUCUGUUAUUAAACGAUAAUAAAUUGAUACUUUUAUACAAAGGUUCUGUUGAAUCUAUUCGUAUAAAUAAAUCCGUAAGGGUAAGUAAGUAGAAAAUAUUGUACAA